AUGAGCGCUGGAAACGCUUACCAGCCCUACUCAUGGCACCAAUCUCACGACCAGGCGACUGUAUUGCUUAUUCUGCCGUAUGAUGCAGCGGAGGAAGAUGUUCAAGUGGUCCUUGAUGGAACCCAUCUCAUUGCCGGUGUACUCGGAGAACCGCCGCUGAUCAAGGGCCGACUUUAUGCUCCUAUCGAUCUUUCACAUUCUGACUGGUUACUGGAGCCCACUUCGCCACAUCUCUCUGCACGCGAACGCACCAUCUCCACAACCUCCACUACUUCCACUCGGUCCUCCUUUGCUCUUGUAUCUUCCGACCCCGACGUGGAGAUCACAAGCUCUUUCGCCGCAUCCCUCGCCAGUGGACCGAGCUCCGAUACGGAUGAAGCUGUAUCACCUUCGCACUCUUCGCCGCAUUCGUCCGCAGACGAGCGUCAUGCUGGCUUUACAACGGUUCCGCGUCGCAGGCGCAGAACUAUCGUUGCCAAUUCAGCUCGCACAACCUCUCCACAUAGUCUCGCCUCCUCGCACUCGUCUCUCAACUCGGCACGUCGCGGACAGGGUCGUCUGCUGACAUUGCAUCUCGAAAAGGCUGACAGCGCAAUCUGGCCGGCGCUGAUCGUCGGACCUGCGCCAGCGCUACUCAGCUCGCCGCCUCUCGGUCCCUCUCCGCCAGACAUGGAGGCCGCAUACAACAUGGACCCCACCAGUCUCGCACUACUGGGAUUAGAAUUGGCGGACGUGCGCGAGGACGCUGACCGCGCCUUCGAAUGCUUCCUUCGUUCGUGGUUACAUGCGCAAGUGCCUUCAGCUGCAAUGCGCUUGGCCGCCCAUUACGUCCCACCACAUGCACUACCGGCCGACGAUCUAUCUACACUCCCCGAACAGGACCGAAGAGCAUACUACAUACGCGCUUUGGGCGGCCCAGCAGCACUUGCGCAUCUCUAUCAUACGGUCGGCCUACUGCACUUGGAGGGGACGGCACGAUCUCUUUUGGCGUCCUCUCAUGCUGCGUUAGCAUCGAUACGCUUACCAGAGCCCACUGGUUCGGGAUCAGCGGGCGGCGCCGCGGCUUGGAAACGCGAUCGUGCCGCUGCCAACUGCUACUUCGAACGCGCUCGCGCUCUGGCGCCCGACUUGGAUAUACCAUUGCUUCUGCCCGAGCCCGAGGCAAAGAGCCCAGAACCUGUCAAGUUUGAUAUGCCUAUUAUCGACCUGCCGGGCAAGCAAGAGUUGGUUCCCAUACGCAAAUCAAGGCAAGCGGUGGACGAGGAUGUGGAUGGGACAUGGUACUUGUACAUACCAGGGCUAGUCGGGGCCGGCACUGCAUUACUGGUCGUUGGCGUGGUCGGAGCGAUAUCGUUGUCGAAUUGGAGGAAAAAUCAGAGUUGA